AUGUCGGGAGACAACAAUGUCUACAUUGCCGUCAUGGGCAUGACCGGCGCCGGCAAAAGCACCUUCAUAAAACAGGUCACUGGACGUGACGAUGUCUAUGUCGGCCACUCGCUGGAGUCAGCAACCGAAGAAGUCGUACCAUAUUCGUUCUCCUAUGGCGGCUUUAAUAUCACCUUGAUCGAUACUCCUGGCUUCGAUGACUCGAGGUUCAACGACGACGUUAUAGUCGACAAGAUACUUGAAUGGCUGCGCACUUCUGCCAAUCAAAACCAACGACUGAGCGGCAUCGUUUACAUGCACCGCAUCACCGAUAACAGGAUCCAAGGUUCUGCUCGGUCCAGCAUGCAAAUGUUCCGUCGUCUUUGUGGCCCAGAGUACUUCAGCAACGUAGUACUGGCAACGAGCUUCUGGAACAGCGUUGACUUAUCUGUCGGAGCACGACGAGAGCGGGAGCUUUACGAAAACGACGAUUUCUGCGGCUUACUGUCUAAGCAAGGCUUGAGAAUCGCCAGGACAGGAUAUGGUGUACGCGAAGAUCGCAGAUUGCUACUGAAGAUUGCCCAGAACAAGACAGCAUUGUUGGAAGCCCAGAAGCAGAUGCAAGCCGGCGUCCCGCCAUGCAAGACUGCCGCUGCAGAAGCCGUUGCUGAUGAUCUCAACCAUUGGGCCCAGAUUUUCAACAAGGACUUGGAGGACAUGCGAGCGAGAAAUCGAGAAGUCCUAGCGGAGAGGAAAAGGCAGCGGCGACAAGAAUACAACGCGCAGAAACUGGCCAUGGAGGAAGAAGACCGUCGUCGGCAGGAGGAGGAUCUUGCUAGAAUCGAGAAACAACAGAAGGCUUGGGCGGCUCGUCAGGAAGCGCGGAAGGCCCGGCAGAAGGAUCAACUGAAAGAAGACAACAAACAGCUGAAAGAGCUCCGACGGCGGAAAGAAGAGGAGGAAGCUCGACAACGAGAAGCAGCCGCCCAGGCUAACACGGGCGCCUCGUGCAGAAGAAAGCCAGUCAGCGAGCUGUGGAUCGCAGUGUAA